AUGUGUGCAGUUAGUUCAGGACUCAAACAUGGAGCUAAUGGCGGGCACAGUUCGGGCUAUUUUGAUAUAUAUCUUACACAGGAUUUAAGCUCCCGGACUGGUUCCAGCCUUACAAACCGUAUCCGUUUGGCAUGUGGUGAAAUUCGCCGGAUAUGGAACUUUGGAUGUUAUGUGCUAGAGGACUAUUUUGAAGAAGUUUCUCUCCCACAUACCAUCUAUUCUAUUCGUGCUGCUCUCAAAGUCUUGAUAGCAAUGACACUUUCUUGGUUGAUCGCAUGCUUGAUACAAUCCCAUUCCCUGAAAGCACCAUGGUUUUCAUCAGCUAUCAUACUGAUCACAGGGGAGUUGACAAUGUACACAACAACCCUUUCAAAACUCCCUACGAUUCCAUACUCCGUCUGUUCUUUAUGUGGAGGGCUCAUCGCCAUGGUAUUGGAGCUUUUAUUUGCCGUGCAGGGAGCGAUUUUACCGUCAGUUCCUUUGUAUAUGCUCUUGUUUAUACUGUUUCCUAUGAGUUGGCGAGUCCUAGUUGCGAUUUCCGCAAUUAAAAUGAUUGCAUGUGUGACGCUAAAUUUUGUGAUCUUCAUCUGUCCAUCGGAGAUGGAAACCGUGAAUAGAACAGCGAUAGAUCAUGAUGGAGCAAGAACUAUACCAUUUGACUUCUUGCACUCAGAACGGCUCAUACACAAUCUUCAAUGUAUCGGUAUAAUCUUUACUAUUCUAUUUACCAGUUUUAGGCUUAGGUUACGACGAAGAGCCGCAUUUCUGCGGAUGAUCGAAGCAUUUCAGGCUCGUGACUGGGGUAAACAAGUGAUUUCCCAACAGUUUCGUUGGAUCGAUACAAUUAUGCCUUCUGUUGUGAGCAAGAAAUACAUGCAUUUACGAAAAGAGAAACUUAGGCAAGGUAAACGCAUGUGGAUCUAUUCGGAAUCGAUGGACAAUGUGAGUAUCCUUUUUGCAGAUAUUGCGGGAUUUACACAAGUGUGUGCGCAGAAAUCAGCGACACAAGUUGUUAGUUUACUCAACGAUCUGUAUCGUUAUUUCGACGACCUCUGUGGUAUUUUCAAUUGUGAAAAAAUCGGUACAUUAGGUGACUGUUAUUACUGUGUUGCCGGAUGUCCUGUUCCACAGUCCAACCAUGCAGAGGCAUGUGUUGAAAUGGGUCUGGGGCUGUGCCGAAUUAUGAAGCGGUUCAACAAAUCUUACCAAGAACGAAUGAACUUAAGAGUUGGCGUUCACACGGGAAAAGUAAAUGCUGCUAUAAUUGGGCAGCAACGUUUCCGAUAUGAUGUCUAUUCGUACGAUGUAUCAAUUGCGAAUGCCUUGGCAAACUGUGGACUGCCUGGUCGCGUGCAUAUUUCUGAGGCGACCUAUACUUUGGUGAAGCACGUAUACGAAGUGGCUACUGGUCCGGGGUUGGACGUGAAGCAAGAGAUUCGCUCUGGUCUAGCUGGGAUGGUGUUAGGUAGGACAAGGAUAAAAUCGUUUUUCGUCAAUCCCCGUUCCUCUGUGUUGUAUAACGCCCCGGUAGAAAAAUCAAUCACCCUGUUCCAACGACUAAAAGCUCGGCGAAAGCUGGAUUCGAUUGAUGAUUUCCCCCAUUCGAUUGUCGAUUUUGAAGAUGGAGGAACUGUAGAUGAAGGGGUAAUGAACACUUCGUUUUCAACGGAGCAAUACCGUUCAAUUUGGCGAAGCGACCAGUUGAGAACCCCUGUGGGAAUCGAAGACAAAACCAAAUUGUAUCGCCCCCUCUUGACCAUAAUUAACGAAAUGCGUGGACAACAGGAAGGUUUGAUGAAAUUUUCCGACCAGUUACCAACAAAAUCUGGGACACGGUUGUUUCAACUCUGGUUAACCGAGUUGUCAGAUAGAUCCCCGGAUAACGCGAAUGAAGGGCCGGUGUACAUGGAUUCGUUGGAGUAUUCCUAUGCGAUUGAUGUGUUUGGUACUGUUGGUAUGUGUUUGUUUACACUAAUGGUGUCUUGGUUGUCUGUAUUGGAAUCCGACCCCAUCCAUCUGGGCUUUAGGCUCUUUUCUAUUGCUGAAGUCAUUUGUGAAGCUGUUAUAAUUACCCUGGUGAUCUGGUACACUGAACAUCCUAUCUCACCGAAAUGUUUACAAGGUAAACUGCGUCUAAUCAGCCUGAAGCUUGUUAAGGAGUGCACGCUGUUUCUGCUUACAAGUAUACCAACGAUUCGGUUAGUCCUUUGGCUACAGUGGACUGUUGGGCAGAUGUAUUCAAGUGGUUUGGUCAACAGACUGGUGCUCGAUCUUCAAGUUCUGGUCACCUGUAUUCAUAUUCUCCCUGCGACGUCUAGCGCGAUCGUACGUUCACUUGGUUGUCUGUUGACUUUGAUUACACUACGGUUGGUACUUAACUGGACGGGAAAAGUUGUCGCAGAGGAGUUCGUUGAGCUUGAAGAAUUACAAUGGUUCCCUAUAUUGUUGAUGGUGUAUUUCAUCACUCGACUAAAUCAUCAUUCUUGUCGUCACGGUUUUCGUGCGCUUCGUGAAGCCUUGUCGGCCCGUCAGAGAGCAGAUGAAGAGGAGAAAGAAGCGCGCGAUCUCCUGGAAAAUAUUGUUCCUCCAUACGUGCUAAAUCGGGUGAUGUUGCUGUGCAAAGACCCAGUCAAAGAGCCUUGGACGUACGCAGUAUCACUUCCAAAUGCGGGUGUGAUGUUUGCCUCCGUUUCAAACUUUUUCUCCACCUAUUACCGUGAGGAUUACAAGGGUGGUGAAUCAGCUCUUGUGCUACUUAAUGCUAUUAUCUCUUCUUUCGAUGGUCUUCUGUCACGUCCAACACUGGCCGAGGUGGAGAAGAUAAAGACGAUGAACGAUUGUUAUAUGGCUGCAUCUGGACUGAAUCCGAAUAAACUAGCCGAAACGGCAGACAGUAAAACUCAUUUGGUCGCACUUAUGGACUUUUGUUUUCUGAUGAUAGAUGCCAUGGAAGAAUUCAACGCCAACUAUAUCGUUGGUUCUGAGAACUUCGAACUGAAAAUUGGCUACAAUUGUGGUGCAGUCACUGCCGGAAUUAUCGGUAUUCGAAAGCCGUUCUACGAUGUUUGGGGAGACACAGUAAAUGUGGCAAGUCGAAUGCACAUGACUGGAAAACCAGGCAUCGUUCAAGUACCCUCUCAUGUAUAUGACCAACUAAAGGCUCAGUACGAAUUCGAAUCCCUGGGAGAAGUGUUUGUUCGGGGCAAAGGUUUGAUAAACACCUACUCAUGUACUCAGAAACGCUACACUUGA